AAAAAAAAAAAAAAAAACAAAAACAAAAAAUUUAAAAAAAAAAUAACGGCAUUUAAUUUAAAUCUUUUUGAUACCAAAAGAAUACCAAAUCUAAACCAAAAAUCCACUACAAAACUACUUUUUUAUUUUUUCUAUAAAUUUAAUUCUAUACUUGUUUCAUAACAAGAAAAACAAUGGGGAACAAAUGUUGCAGUAAACGCCAGGACCAGGAGUUAGCACUUGCUUACCCCUCUGGAUACAAAAAAUCCGAUUAUACAUUCGGUCAAACACAUAUUAACAAUAGCGGCCAAAAACAUAAUAACGGUGGAUCGUUGGAUUCACGUUAUACUCCAGAUCCGAAUCGUGGUCCAUUAAAAAUCGGAGCUAAAGGCGGUGUAGAUAUUAUAAGACCGCGAACAACGCCGACUGGUGUACAAAGUACUGGAGGCGGUGGCGGUGGCGUUGUUGUUGGUGGUGGUGGUGGUGGCGGCGGUUUGGCAAAGCGACGUGUCGUCGUUGCCUUGUAUGAUUAUAAAUCACGUGAUGAGUCUGAUUUGAGUUUCAUGAAGGGCGACCGUAUGGAGGUCAUUGACGAUACCGAAUCUGACUGGUGGCGUGUAGUUAAUUUGAGUACGCGUCAAGAAGGUUUAAUACCAUUAAAUUUUGUGGCGGAAGAACGGAGCGUUAACAGUGAGGAUUGGUUUUUUGAAAAUGUGUUGCGCAAAGAAGCCGAUAAAUUGCUGCUGGCAGAGGAGAAUCCGCGGGGAACGUUUUUGGUGCGACCAUCCGAACACAAUCCCAACGGUUAUUCGCUGUCGGUGAAGGACUGGGAAGAUGGUCGCGGUUAUCACGUUAAACACUACCGUAUUAAACCGCUGGACAAUGGUGGCUAUUAUAUAGCCACUAAUCAAACCUUUCCCUCCCUGCAAGCUCUUGUCAUGGCCUACAGCAAAAAUGCUUUAGGACUUUGUCAUAUAUUAUCGAGGCCAUGCCCUAAACCUCAACCACAAAUGUGGGAUUUGGGGCCGGAAUUGCGUGAUAAAUACGAAAUACCCCGUUCGGAACUUCAAUUAAUACGUAAAUUAGGACGCGGCAACUUUGGUGAAGUGUAUUACGGUAAAUGGCGUAACAGUAUCGAUGUAGCUGUUAAAACCCUGCGCGAAGGCACUAUGUCAACACAAGCGUUUCUGCAAGAGGCUGCUAUUAUGAAAAAGUUUCGUCACAAUCGUUUAGUAGCACUCUAUGCGGUUUGUUCACAGGAGGAACCCAUUUAUAUUGUACAGGAAUACAUGUCAAAAGGCAGUUUACUGGAUUAUUUGCGAGAAGGUGACGGUCGUUAUUUGCAUUUUGAAGAUCUCAUUUAUAUAGCCACCCAAGUUGCCUCAGGCAUGGAAUAUUUAGAAUCCAAGCAAUUGAUACAUAGGGAUCUGGCGGCCCGUAAUGUCUUAAUUGGUGAAAAUAAUGUAGCGAAAAUAUGUGAUUUUGGCUUGGCGCGAGUCAUAGCCGACGAUGAAUACUGCCCCAAACAAGGAUCUAGAUUUCCCGUUAAAUGGACCGCACCUGAAGCUAUUAUUUAUGGUAAAUUCUCUAUAAAAUCGGAUGUCUGGUCAUACGGUAUAUUAUUAAUGGAAUUAUUUACGUACGGGCAAGUGCCAUAUCCGGGCAUGCAUAGUCGCGAAGUCAUUGAAAAUAUUGAACGCGGUUUCCGCAUGCCAAAGCCUACGAAUCAUUAUUUCCCUGAUAAUAUUUAUCAUUUGUUGCUGCAAUGUUGGGAUGCAGUGCCCGAGAAAAGGCCAACAUUUGAAUUUUUAAAUCAUUAUUUUGAAUCAUAUUCAGUAACGUCGGAGGUGCCCUACCGAGAGGUGCAAGAUUAGAAUUUAUAGUUAUUAGGUGUAAUUAAUAUAUUAAGAUUUUAGUAGGUGUUGCUAUCAUUCUCUCCCUAUAUUCUUUUCAUGUUUGUAAAUCCCUUCCUCCUACCAGAAGAGCAAGUCCGCAAGUAUUAUCUUCUGGCUUAUAAUUGUUUUGUUUAUUUUAAAAGAACUGAAAUUUAAUUUUUAAGUUUAUUAUAUUAUAUAUAAGACGAUAUU